UACCGAUAAUUCAAGGAUGGCGCUCCGGGCUGCUUGUAGUCGUUUGUCGCAUUUUCAGAAAACUUGUUAUAAGGGUUUUCUCAUUCAGCCCAGACUGGGGGUCAGGUCUGAAGCGGCCUGUCCAGUUGAAGUGAGCCGUCUCGAUCAUUUGGUGCUGACGGUGAAAAGUGUCCCCGACACAAUCAACUUUUACACCUCAGUUCUUGGUAUGGAAGUUGUUACUUUUAGGGGAAACCGUAAGGCUCUUAGUUUCGGUCAGCAGAAGUUUAAUCUUCACCAGCUGGGCCAAGAGUUUGAACCAAAAGCCAAGCAUCCAACUGCAGGAUCUGCAGAUCUGUGCCUCGUCACUAAAACCCACCUGUCUUCAGUGGCUGCUCAUCUGAAGGAUUGUGGCGUUGAGAUUGAAGAGGGCCCUGUAGAAAGGACCGGGGCCAUGGGGCCCAUCACCUCGCUGUACUUUAGAGAUCCUGACCUCAACCUCAUCGAAGUGUCCAACUACAGCCAGUCGACAGCAGAUGAUUCUUCUUGA